AUGGAGGACGAGGCAGAUCGCGUCUCCCCGGCCUUACGGCUGCAGACCACUUUCCCUUAUCCCGUGUCGCUAUCCUCCUCCUUCAAGCUGGACGAAGGCUACUCCGAGGAAACUCGCAGCCAGGCAGACAAAGAAUCAGCAUCAGACCAAGUUAUGGUGCUGCCCGACUGGCUUCUUGCCCAGACCGAAGCUGAGAGAGCAGAAUUUGCCUACAGUGUCCUGCGAUCGCUCCGUAUAUCCACCAUUGCUAGUGUGGUCGAACGUUUUAACCCCCUUCUCCAUAUGGACCCGGUCAUAAAGCUGCCCCCCGAACUCACCCUGGAGGUUUUCUCAUAUCUUGAACCUCGUGUCCUCUUGAAAGCGUGUUUGUCAUCGCGUUCGUGGCGCAGUCGGAUUCUUGAUUCUGGUCUCUGGAGAUUGUUGUACAUCAACGAGGGUUGGCGCGUGGACCUGGGCGCGAUCCGCAAGUGUGAGCAUGCCUUCUCGGAACCGCUCUCUCCCCAGGCGCGCAAGUCCCGCCCGCGGUACUUGGAGAUGGACCUCGAGGAGCCCAAGCAAAAGAAGCGCGUGCCACCGAGUUGGCUGGAUUCACGAAGCACUGAGCUCCAUCAGUUGCCGGACGGCGAUGCCCCAAUCGAGGUCGAUGAUAAUUCUGACGUGGAGGGCGAUCACGACAUGACUGAUGCCACUGAUCGAGGCUCACCGUCGUCGAGAGACCGUCCGGGACUUGCCGAAAACUUCGUGUCUCCACUUCGUUCGCCCCUCGAUCCCCCUUUGAACUCGUCUCUUUUCACGCGCUCCGCGAACGGAACCGCCAAGCUCAAUUGGGCGCAUCUCUACAAGCAGCGCCGGCGUCUCGAAGCCAAUUGGCAGCAUGGCCGAUACACCAACUUUCAACUUCCCGACCCAUCACGUCCCGAAGAAGCUCAUCGCGAAUACGUGUAUGCCAUCCAGUUUUCCGGCAAAUGGCUCGUCAGUGGAAGCCGCGAUCGGACUGUACGCGUCUGGGAUCUGGAGACCAAGCGCUUGCAUCACGCUCCGCUGAUCGGACACGUGAAAUCGGUGCUGUGUCUUCAGUUCGAUGCCAGUCCCGAAGAGGAUAUCAUCAUCUCUGGUAGCAGCGACCAAUCUGUCAUUAUUUGGAGAUUUUCCACUGGGCAGAUAAUCCGUCAGAUCAAAAACGCGCACGCGGAUUCGGUGCUGAACCUGAAAUUCGACCAUCGGUACCUGGUCACUUGUUCCAAGGACCGAACACUCAAGGUGUGGAAUCGACGAGAUCUGUUGGCGACCGAUGAGGACUACCCUCGCAUUUGUCACGGGGCAGGAGCGAACUAUCCGUCGUACAUCGUGGAUCUUUCCGAUAUUCCACCCAAUAUGCUCGAGGCCCGUAUGGCCAGCGGACAGAUUAAGCCCGUGCCAGCUUACUCCCGCCUCAUGAGCAUGGAAGGCCACGGUGCCGCUGUCAACGCCAUGCAGCUCCACGGUGACGAGAUUGUCACCGCAUCUGGUGAUCGCAUGAUCAAGGUCUGGAAUAUCCGCACUGGCGCCUGUGUAAAGACCCUGAUGGGCCAUGAGAAGGGUAUUGCAUGCGUUCAGUUUGAUGGCCGCCGCAUUAUCAGCGGUAGCAACGACAACACCAUCCGUAUCUAUGACCACAUCUCUGGAGCUGAAGUUGCCUGUUUGCGUGGCCACAGCAACCUCGUGCGCACCGUUCAAGCUGGAUUCGGUGACCCCCCAGGAGCCGAUGAGGCUCUGCGCCUUGAAGCGCUGGCAGUCGAGAACGAAUUUUGGAGUGCCCGACGGGCUGGCCUGCCUGUUGACCUUGGCCCUCGAGCUCAACGCCGAGCUGGUCGCAUCACCAACACGGCUGGCUCUCGCGAUCCUCAUGAUAUUCCAGCACUCGGGGCAAAGAUUCCCCCCGGUGGAGGUGGCAGCGAGUGGGCUCGUAUUGUUUCGGGGUCGUACGAUGAGUCGAUUCUGAUCUGGCACAAGGACCGUGAAGGUUCAUGGUCAAUUGCCCACAGGCUGUGCCAGGCAGAGGCCUUAUCCAAUGCCACUCAAGCCCACCUCGAGGCCAAUCCAGCGGCUGCUUCUGCACAGCCACUCCAAAUGUUGAUGACAGUUCCAAAUGCAGCCGCCGCGAUUCCUGUCGCUCCACAAAAUACCAACAAUAACAAUGCCCCCAACCCCCAGCAGCAAGGCGCUGCUCAGAACCACGCAGCCGCGGGACAUGGCACCCAUCACAUCGCCCACCCUCUUCCCCAAGCCCUUCUCGCCACCGGCGGUGCCAUGAUCAACCCCGUCCUGGCGAACCAUCAUCAUCACCACCACGCUCACGCCCACGCCCACGGCCGUCGAGGCUCUCCCCCAACUUCCCGGGUAUUCAAAGUCCAAUUCGACUCGCGCAAGAUCGUGUGUGCUAGCCACGAUCCCCGCAUUGUGGGCUGGGACUUUGCAUGCGAUGAUCCAGAGAUCAUUGAAGCGUGUCCAUUCUUCGACAGCCUGUGA